AUGGCGACCGGAGUGGACGCCAAGCUCUUGAAGAGCACCAAAUUUCCUCCCGAAUUCAAUCAGAAGGUGGACAUGCAAAAGGUCAACAUUCAGGUCAUGAAGAAAUGGAUUGCCAGCAAGGUCACCGAGAUCCUAGCCAACGAGGAUGAUGUUGUUAUCGAGCUGGUUUUCAACCUACUUGAGAGUGGCCGCUAUCCCGACAUCAAGUCCAUGCAGAUCCAACUCACAGGCUUUCUCGACAAAGAUACCCCGACAUUCUGCAGGGACCUGUGGAGGCUUCUACUCAGUGCGCAGACUAGUCCUCAAGGUGUGCCAAAGGAGCUUCUGGAGGCCAAGAAGAUGGAAUUGAUCCAGGAGAAGAAGAGGCAAGACAGAAACGUCGAGAAUUCGAAGGUCGACCUGAAAGGGGCCGCGGCGGCCGAGGAGGCGGCCGAGGUGGCGGUGGUCGAUCUCGCUCACCACCGCGUUUCCGUGAUCAAAGGGACCGUGGCCCACCAAGAGGAGGACUCAGAGAUUCAUAUGUUCCCCGAGGAAGUCCGACAUUCAGACGUGGCGGAGGACGACGGGACGACAGGAGACGGCGAUCUCGAACUAGGUCGCCGUCUGUGCGGUCGAGGUCCCGCUCUCGUUCGCGGACACCCAGCGUUGACGGAAGCCGGCGAUCUGUUACUCGAUCCCCUAGCCCUCCUCCACGACGGGGACGGACGCUCUCGUAGAAGGGAUGACCGAGACAGCAGCGUAGAUGCUACGCCCAGGCCCGGCAGUAGAAGCCGCAGGGCCUCUUCUGCGGCUGCAAAAUCUUCUGCGCAUGACAGAUUGGCUGAUGAUUCAGGCGCUCAAGACAGAAUCCGCUCUCCCCGAGACACUAGAGCAGCUGCCGAAGCAAACGAGAAUGUCGAAGCCUCUUGCGAACAGCGCUAG